CAUAUAAAAUCGAGCCGUCUUGCUACUGUCCCCUUCAGAUCUAUUUACUCUCAUAUCACAUCCUCACAAACAUUGCAAUGCGUUUAUCUUUUGUCCUCGCGGUUGUUGCUGCUUUGACAGCAUCAAUAUCUGCAGCAUCAAUACCUGCCACUGCCCCUGAGAGUGGACACUGUCCUUUCAUGUGCUUCAAUGAUAAACCGUGCAGAACCUGCGACAUGGUAGGUAUGGCUCGGAUGCUCAUUCGCACCAGUUCAUUGAAUGAAGAGCUGCAGGUUGAAUCAGUUCAGUUC